CUCGCCGACAGUUGGUACAAGAGAAAACCGUUGUUUUUAACUGAGCAGAACUAUCUGAAAACAGAACCCCCUCCCCCCUCCGCAGAGAGAUGGAGCACACCGAGGUGGUGAAGCCAGAAACUCUGGACGACCUGAUCCAAACCCUGCACAACGUUUUCGAGAGCGACAGCAUCAACGUUGAGGAGGUUCAAGACAUAAUGGAAGCAUACGAGAGCAACCCCCAGGAGUGGAUGAAAUAUGCAAAGUUUGACCAGUACAGGUACACAAGGAACUUGGUUGACGAGGGCAACGGGAAGUUCAAUCUCAUGAUUCUGUGCUGGGGAGAAGGCCACGGCAGCAGCAUCCACGACCACACAGACUCCCAUUGUUUCAUGAAGCUGCUGCAGGGUCAGCUGAAGGAGACGCUGUUUGACUGGCCGGACAAUAAAUCGAAAGGGGACAUGGUCCAGAAGUCACAGAGGAUUCUCCAGGAGAACAAGGUUGCUUACAUAAACGACUCCCUUGGCCUGCAUCGUGUGGAAAACGGCAGCCACACAGAGUGCGCAGUCAGUUUGCACCUGUACAGUCCGCCCUUCCAGACCUGCCAGACCUUUGACCAGCGGACGGGGCACAGGAAAACUGUGAAGAUGACCUUCUGGAGCAAAUACGGAGAGAGGACUCCAUUUGAAUCCACAGUCUCACAAGAGAACAACUAAUGGUCACCAAAGGAGGCUCUGGGUGACGAAGGCAUUUAAAAUGACAAUGUUGUGAAAUUGAUUCGAGGGGAAACUGCUGGGGGAAGCGAAAUGUGGACCUGCUAUGACUAAGCAACCCAUUUAGAAAUCAGGAGCGGGCCGGUUCAAAAGGACAACCCAGUAAUUAGAAUGGCUUUAUCGCUUGCCCAGUGUUGAGCUUGGCAAAUACUGAUGAGCACAGGACGAAUGCAUGAAUAGGCUCGGACACGGAUUGAAUCUGCCUUUUGUUUGCUGGGCCUGAGGAGACCCUUUCCCAAUAACAACAUUCCUGUUUAUCCACGAACCUGUGUAACCACACUUUUGUAAAGUUAUGGCCCAUAGUCAGAGAGUAGAGCUUUAGCAUUUAAAAAAAAAAAAAGUGUGUGUGUGGGGGGGGGUAAUAUUGCUGUUAUAGUGUUUUAAAUUUUAUAUCUCAAGAAAAGGAAAAAAAACCCAGUUCUGCAAUCAACAGUUUUGUUAUCGGUGGAGCACUUUUAUAACUGUAUUUUACUGUCAAUUUAUGCCACUCAAAAUUGUCUUAACACCUGUUGAAAAUGGUAAAGUGUAACAUUGUUUGUAUAACCCAAUUACAAAGAAAAAGGUUUGUUCCAUUUGCAUUUGGAAAAAAGAAAAUGUAAAGCUUUAGA